UUCCGCGGCGCCCACCGGAGUACGGCGCGGCUGCGGGGGCCGAGGGGCGCCGAGGCGGCCGGGGGAGGUGACAACUGCCCGGACUAGGCGGCUGUGGCGGGGCCCGGGCGGGCGGAUGCUCCGACCCGCUGCGGCGCGGGUGUAGGAGGCCGUGCUCGGCCGCGGGCGGUGCCGGGCGCGCUCCCCGUGCACACGUGUCCCCGCGAGGUGGGAGGCUGGGGCCGGAGCCCAAGGAGUAAAGAUCGGGCCGUGGGGAGGCGCACACGUGGGACCCCGCUGGAUGCGUGUGGACACGUGCCGUGGCUGGAGUCGCCAUCGCCUGGCGGGGGACAGCGUGACCGUCUGGAGCCCCGUCCGGACUCCCUCCAGCUGGACAGGGGGCUGAGCUGGCCUCUGAGCGGAUCCCACAGCCCACACUCCACGCCUCCUUUGUCCGCAGGACCAAAGCGGUGGUUUUGAAAUUCCCCUGGAAGCGGAGGACCGGCCCUCCUCCCCCUCUUCCGGCAGUACCUCCCCCACCUGGCAUCCUCUCGGGGCUCCCACCUCGGUGUGCUGGAGUUAAAUGGCUGAUAAGCAGAUCAGUCUGCCAGCCAAGCUCAUCAAUGGCGGCAUCGCUGGGCUGAUCGGGGUCACCUGCGUCUUCCCCAUUGACCUGGCCAAGACGAGGCUGCAGAACCAGCAGAAUGGCCAGCGCAUGUACACCAGCAUGUCUGACUGCCUCAUCAAGACCAUCCGCUCGGAGGGCUACUUCGGCAUGUACCGUGGAGCCGCCGUGAACCUGACUCUCGUCACCCCCGAGAAGGCCAUCAAGCUGGCAGCUAACGACUUCUUCCGCUAUCACCUCUCCAAGGAUGGGCAGAAGCUGACCCUGUUUAAGGAGAUGCUGGCAGGCUGUGGAGCUGGCACCUGCCAGGUAAUCGUGACCACCCCCAUGGAGAUGCUGAAGAUCCAGCUUCAGGACGCAGGACGCAUUGCCGCCCAGAAGAAGAUACUGGCUGCCCAGGCCCACCUCUCAGCCCAGGGGGGUGCCCAGCCCUCGGUGGAGACUCCGGCUUCCCCCCGGCCCACGGCCAUGCAGCUGACCCGGGACCUGCUGCGGACCCGCGGUAUCGCCGGCCUCUACAAGGGACUGGGGGCCACGCUGCUCAGGGACGUCCCCUUCUCCAUCGUGUACUUUCCCCUCUUCGCCAACCUGAACCAGCUGGGCCAGCCGGCAUCUGGGGAGAAGUCUCCUUUCUAUGUGUCCUUCCUGGCCGGCUGCGUGGCCGGGAGUGCAGCGGCCGUGGCCGUCAACCCCUGUGACGUGGUGAAGACGCGGCUCCAGUCCCUCCAGCGCGGUGUCAACGAGGACACCUACUCGGGGAUCCUGGACUGCACCAGGAAGAUCCUGCGGCACGAGGGCCCCUCCGCCUUCCUGAAGGGCGCCUACUGUCGCGCGCUGGUCAUCGCCCCGCUGUUCGGCAUUGCUCAGGUGGUCUACUUCCUGGGCAUCGCCGAGACCCUGAUGGGGCUGCUGCAGCGCCCCCAGCCCUGAGCCCAGGGCCGCCCCACGCCCACAGCUGAGCGGGACCAGAGUGGGGCUGGAGCCGGGCGGCCAGCCCAGGACCAAGCAAGAGAAAGUCUCUCCCCAACCCCCCGACAUGGGCGGGGGGGGCAGAGGAAGGGGCACGGGGUCCACACAGUGGUGCACACACAGGCCCCUACGGGGUCCUGCCUGCACGACUACUGGGAUCAAUGUCUUAUUUAUGUAGAAAACGCAGAAAUCUUUACAUUCCCGGAACCAGCCCUGCCCCAGCUCCACCCUGGCCUGAACACCCCCAGGGACAGAGCUGGUCUCUGGGCUGGGGGCCCCAGGCCUGGGCUGGGCAAGCUGGACCCUACCCUCCAGUCUACCAGCUCUCGUCCCCGAGGCUUGGCCCCUAGUCCACAAAGGGGACCCCGCACAAACCUAUUUAUUAACUUGCCAGGCACAAGUGGUUCUGUCCAUCCCUCCGUCCGUCGGUCCAGCCUCUCCCUGCUGCUGCUCUUGCCCUUGGCCAGAACUCUACUUUGCCCCCCACCCCGGCCAGCCUUGCAGGAGGAUCGGGGUCUCCUGCCCCCCAUAUUGAGCCAGGAAUCCCGGGCAGGGGUCACACUGAAUUCUGACUCCCAGGGCAAGCGCCCCCCCACUGUGGGACCCAGCAUCCCUUCUGGUGGGCCCCUCUGUCCCCACCCCAGGCUGGGGGCCCAGAGCAUGUGAGGUGUGUGUGCAUGUGCGAAUGUGGUGGGUAGCAGGUUGUGCCCACCAGCCCUCAGCUGGCCUGGCCCCUCAGGGAUGGGGCUGUGGGGGGGCUGCUGCUCUCCCCCACGUGGCCAGGCAACGUAUGUGUGUGCAGUGUGUGUGUGUGUAUGGUUCGUGCCCCCUAGGUUCCCCGCUAACCCCGUCCAGAAAUUUAUUUCUCCUGCCUGGCCCCUCUUCUGGGACCCCCACCGCACGUCCAGGAUUGGCCAAGCAGAGGGCAGACAUAAGGACCAGUAUGGAGCCUAGGGCACUUGCUCUGCUUUACGAGGUGGGGGGGGGGGGGGGGGGGGCCAGGAGCUCCCUCCGCCCUGGGAGGGCGGGUCUUGCUCUCUGGGCCUCUGCUUGAGGCCCCGGACCACACCCUCUAAAGCUCCGCCCUCCCAGCCCCGACCCACUGACGUUGUGAAUUGAGGCAGGCCGCCCUGCCCCGCCCCCGGUCACGUGAUUGUGUUGGUGAUUGACCUUGACCUGGUGCUGUGUCCCCCAACCCGGCCCCUGUGGAGGCCCCUUCCAGUGACACUACCUGGGGCUCCGGCCUGGGCCCACUAGUUUGCGGUUGUUGCUGGGAGCUGCCCUCUCCCACCACAUCUGUACCUUGGAAGCUGCUGCUGCUGCUUACAGAAUUAUAUUUUUUCUUUUGAAGAGUUUUAAGAAGUUGUAACUUUUUGUGUCUUGUCAUGUAAGAAGAUAAAUAAAUAUUCUAAGUAGA